GUUCACUCUUGCCCCCGAGCUCCAUCCUGAUUGGAUGCUUCUGCUGUUCUUCACCCACACACACUUGACAGUAACAGUUACUUUGGGUCUGCUACUCAUUCCCAAGUUCCUGUUUACUGGCACCCACGCUAGAGAUGACAUAGCCUCUGAGGCCUAUGAGGAUGAGCUGGACAUGGGUCGCUCCGGGUCGUACCUCAACAGCAGCAUAACAUCAGCAUGGAGUGAGCACAGCCUGGACCCUGAGGACAUUCGGACACCAGAAGAAAUGGGCCAUCUCAGUUCUAUUAAUGGCUGUGGCGUAAGGUCUUGCGACAGCCUUUGGGAAAAACGUACUAACGAGGAGUUGAAGAAACUGUACUCCCAGCUGGAGAUUUAUAAGAGAAAGAAGAUGCUUGCAAAUAACCCCCAUCUGCAGAAGAAGCGAAGCUCUAAGAAAGGGCUGGGCCGCUCGCUGAUGAGGCGCAUCACAGAGAUACCCGAGUCUGUGCACCGACAGUGCAGUCGUGAAGACAAGGAGGCAGGAGAAUAUGGGAGCAAUCGUAACAGCAUCUGCAUGUUGAGAAAGAACCCAAUAGAGCCAAGUCACCAAAUAAAACCAGUGAAAGAAGAGACUUUGAAGAACAAGGUUUUCUCCCUGAAGAAGUCCUACAGCAGCUACGACCAUGUCCGUGAUCAGAGUGAAGACUCCAAUAGCUCUGUGACAGACAAGAUGGAGACUGUCCCAGCUGAAGGGUCCCUCCUGGACACACUCAAGAGCAAAAAAUUGGUUAAGAAGAAGUCCAGUGAGAAUGUUAAUGUCUCCAGUGAAUCUACAGAGUCUGUUCCUUUAGUUUGCAAGUCUGCCAGUGCCCAUAACCUCACUGCUGACAAGAAACCAAUUCAUCCUCGAGCAUCUAUGCUGCAGAAGUCCCUCAGUGUCAUUGCCAGUGCAAAAGAGAAGACUUUAGGCUUGACUGGAAAAACCCAAAGCACAGAGGACUACAGCAAGAAGAGUCAGCCAAAGUGCAAAGACACUAGGGUAAAUGCAGAACCAGAGAAUGAGUCCCAAUCCAAUAUGAUAAUCAGCCAGUCAGUUGAGUACAAACAAAGCUUUGCUAAAGGCAGGAUCAUGAAACAGCCAGUGAGUGGCAGCCAGCCCAUGAUCUGCUCUGAUCCAGUCAAGGGAAAAGACUUCUAUGAUGUCUCAGAAGUGUGUCCCUGGGAAUUGGAAGAUCUCCCAACACCCUCUGAGAACAAGAUUCAGAAGCAUGUAUCAAUUGCACCAAAAGAAACCACAACGAUUCACGGAGGAAGCACCAAAGGAAGCAAAUCUCAGAAGCAAAAAGCUUCUGAUCAGCCUCCAUUGAGUGGUAAGCACUCAAAGGAGAAUCAGAGGACAAUGGCUACUCGAGCUGAGUUGUGUUCACGGGAGGAAGGAGAUGAGAAACAAGUCAGUCCAACAGAAGGGUCAAGGCAACAAAUGCAUGGUCAGUCAAAGUCUAAGCAACCUCAUUCUGCGUUAGACAGCUCCACAACCUAUCGGGCAGAGGUCUGUCCAUGGGACUUCGAAGAGCCACAGAAGACAACAGAAUUAGCCAGAUCGCCAGAUUCAGCAAAGCAGAAAAAGAGCACCUCAACGGUGGAUGUGAGAGGAACAAACACCAAAUCAGAUGCACCAAAAUCAGGAGCACUCCAACCACCAACAUCAAAAGCUGAUAUAUGUCCCUGGGACUACGACAUCGCUGCAGUUUCUCCAACUCUGGAACGGACACCUAGUCCUGCGCAAACAUCUAAGACUAAAGAAUCCCCUUCAAAAAAGAAAGGCACGUCAAUCUCAAGGACAGUUGAGAAAGACAAGUCAAAAGAAUUCGAUGAUGAGAAAAGCAGAACAAAAGUUCAGGACAAGAGUAAAUCUUCGGAGAAGCAGGUGAGCCAACAGAAAAUGGCCCAGGUCUGCCCGUGGGAGAUAGAGAGUGGACAGGAGGUGCCCCUGGUAGAAAAAAGGAAAAGUGUUAACGUUGGAGCAGCCAAAACAAAGCAGGCAGAAGUUUGUCCAUGGGAUUUUGAGGAUACAUCAGGUAGAAAAGGUGCAGAUAAAAGUUCUGUAGAAAAGCAAAGCAAUCCAAACUCUAAAGGCGGAGCUGCAAGUUCUGCCAAAAAGGCAGACAUUUGCCCGUGGGACUUUGAGGAAAACACAUCGAGCAAGAAGGCGUGAUACUCCACCAAAACGGACCACUGAAAGUACGGUUAUCGGUCAAUAAUUUUUUUCCACUUGAAAAUUAUGAAAUGUUACCUU